AUGUGUUUUUGGCAUGCCGCCUUGCUGCUUCGUUUGACCACCGUCGCCGGGACGUUCCCUCUCGGCUCGCUGUACAGCACGGGGCUGCGGGCUCUAGCACAUAGGUCUAAAACCGGUGCAGACUACGACCUGGACCUCCUGGAAAGGCUUCUGUCAUCCAAGGCCGAUGCCUGCUGCGAUCUCCCCACCAUGCGCAAGAUGCGCAGGGAUUUCGAUAGCUCUGAUUUCCACGACUGGUCCGGAGUGCCGGACGUCCGCCGUGCGUCAGACCAACUGACCUAUUUCCUUGCGCUAGAAUUGGUUUCGAACUCGGAGGCUGGCUCUGCUGCGCUUCAGAAGUGGGUGAAGUCACAGAAGAUCCACAUUGUAAAUUCACUGGAAUGGCCUGAUGGGCAUGACCGGGCUUAUGAUGGGUGUCCUGGUGUCUUCGCCAUGGUUUCCCUGUGCAUGGCAGAGAGCCUGAUAGUAAAGCUAUUGCCUGUAGCGUCUGCGGACGCUCAUUGGACAACUUGGGCGUCCACAAUGCGAGAGAUAUUGCAGUUGUUUGUGCCUGUCGGCCAAUUGAUCCGAAGGCAUGUGAGAAGCACAAGUUAUGAUCCAGCUUCACCGCUGCAUGAAGCCAUGUUGUAUUGGCAUGCCAGAGCUCGCCGACGGCUUGGCAUUCUGCAUGUCUCCUUCAGCGAGCCCUGGUACCCCAAGCCAGGAAAGUUGCGGCUUUGGCUACGCCUUGGGGACAUGUUGCGGACGUUCAUCUCUGCAGGUCGUCCUGCGCAGGUCCCCGUGGGUCGGACACCAGCCACGCUUCCGGACCAGCUGCAAAUCAUCACGCAAAGAAACACCUUUGGACAGACUGGCGGAAUGGGCCUGGGAUCCUCAUCUCAUGCCCAGAGGAGCGCCCUCGGAGACCUCGUGCAGGCCCUGCGCGCGGUGCGGCGGCGGUUCUCCUCACGUGAGGAGCUGCCAAAGGAGUUGGAAACCAUGUGGUGGCCAAUCAAGGGCUCUGCUAUUGCCAUGCUCAGGCAUGGCGCGUGGCACGGAAACCUCGCCAAAGGCAAAGUGGACAUCGUUGACAUUGACAUGGACUUCUCCAUCCUCGUCGGGUCACCAGCCUUGUGGUUCAAAAUCUGUGUCUUUCUCACCGACUUCCUGAUCUCCAAAGGUUGGGAAGGCUGCUCACACCACACUUUCGGCUGGUAUUUGUCGGGACAUGGUCCGGAAGGGACUGCCUGGAAUGUGCCUUCGCCAAACCAAACCACAAUGGAUGGUAGGGGAGCUUCCCUACUCACCUGCGCCAAGCUUCACCCUUCUUCGAACGCAUGGGUUCAGUUUGAGCUUCUCUGGAAUAAGGUCAUGCAGCUCGUUCAACCUGGUAAGGCUGGGCAAGAAGACUGUGACGCAUGCGCAGGCAGGACCCCGGACGUCAACAACGGCUGCGACAAUUUCCCGAAGGGGCCAGAAGUAUGGCUUAGAAAACUCUUCUGGCUGAAGGAAAAGGUUCGCCAGCACAUGUUGACUGGCUUGCCAAGCCAGUUGCAUGGCUUCGUUGUCACAACCAAUGUAGUGUGCGAGAUUGGUUCAAACCGUUGCUUCCUGGCCGGCACAUAUCCGCACCAGUGUUGGUCAGGUGGCAUCCCUCUUGGCUGCAUCUAUCCGCAAAAGCGCUGUGGAGCUUACAACGUGUCGGUGGCCUGUGCCAGGUGCAACAGGCAUGAGAUCAAGUGGUUCAACCACGGAAAGUAUUGGGCCCGCCAUCCAAGCCGGCCCUGCCUGGCUCUGCCAAUGAUCUUCGGAAGAUCCGAACACUCUGUGUCUCGUGGGCUGUACCAUGAUCGCAAUUGGGUCGACGGCCGAAAUCUGCUCCUGCAUCAGGAUGGCAUCACAGAUGAGGAUGUUCAGGUGCUCGAGACCACCUCCCAAAUGCUCCGGUCACGGGGCUUCGACACUUUUGGCCCAGAAGACAGGGCCGAAUGUGCUCCUGCUGUAGACGGUCGCAGAAGUAGCAUUCUCGUCAUCGAUGCCGAUGCAUGCUUGCCUGACUGCAACUACUCAUUCCAAUCUGGAGAAACAGGGUCCGAGGGCUACCGAGGCUACUGA